AUGGCGGAGACAGCUCGGCUAGGAAACGAGCUGGUUGUGGAAAUAGAGAACAGGAAAAACCUUGGAGACAAGAAGUUCCAUUCGGAGACCUCGUUGCAGAAUUUUUCUGGCGAAACUGAUGGUCCUGCAUUCAUCACUACAAAAGAUCCUGGGAUAAUGAACGAGCCCGUGGCCAGUCCGUCUCUAGAGGAGAUCCCUGAGCGUCGUCGCACCAUGUCUCAGCCGAUGCCGGGUGCUGGAGCACUCCUCACCUCCAACACCAACAGACGACGAAGACCACCGCGAUCUGUAAUGUACGCCGCGGACAUACAGAACAAUGAUUCAUCGGAGCGACUGCCGAAAAUGUUUAUGACAAACAGAGAUGAUUACUACUUCACUCCCUCACCUUCGAACGGCAGCCCUACAAACUUUUUCUUCCCUCACAACAAUUACAAAAACGGAGACAUCAAAUCUCUCAGUAGCUACCGUCUGAACACUCAAGUGGGUAGUGGUACUCCUCGCAAGCGUUCAGUCACGACGAUGGAUGCUCAGUCCAUCCGUUCAGUUGAGACCCAGGCACCUCCCUCUACCAGCCCCGAGGAUAAUGCACGCCUCUCAACUAAAUAUCUGUGUUUAAUAUUAAGUUGUAUGUACGCUGUUCUAUUGGUGACGGUCGGACUUAUCGUAUACGCGACAGAACCCUUUGUCGAUUUCAAUGCCUCUCCGAUAUACUCAAUGGUAUUACUGGUGAUCGGUUUUUUGUAUCAAAUCUAUUUAUUAAUAGACAUAACGAAAUACAAAUCUAACGUGUUAAAAAACCAAAAGAUCAAGUGGAUUCACAACGAGAAGCUGCAGGAGUUCUUCAGGAAACAGGAGGAGGAGGGUCAAGCUGGUAGUAUAUCAGAGCGACCUGGAGACAGUGUCAGGUCGAAAGCUAUUCCACCAGCUGUACUGAUCCCAGUCAGUCACAGCUACUGCUUCAGUAGUGGAAGACACUCCGGCAGUUUCUACCUAAAGAUGGGUGCUGCGGCGUUCGCCGUGGGCCAUUUAAUCCACUCGGUGCUACUCAUAACAACACAAAUCAGUUACUUCUUUGACAAUAACAUAUCCAAUGAGAAAUGUAUCGACAUAAUGCAAGUGGUACUGGACUUCUGCCAACCCAUCUACUGCUUCCUUCAAUUGUUCUUCAUAUUUAAGUAUUCAAACGUGCUCAUUAUAAAAGGUCAGAACUUGGCUUACUUCGGUUUCAUGCAUAUGAUCGGGAGCAGUCUCUGCUUUUGGAUAUCGACCAUUGUGCGUGAAAUUCUACUGGCGUUAACAAUAUAUGCAAAUUCGAAAUACGGGAAUAAAACUGAAAAUGGUCCUAUGACAGGGAGCGAAUACCAAGUGACACCACACAUAGACAUCAGCGACCUCUACCGACCGGAGUGUCAAGGCUCGGCAACUAUCAGUAGGAUCAUAGAAAACUUUUCUCCAUAUCUAUAUCCGUUUGGAGUUGAGUUCAAUAUUCUCAUUGUCGCCGUAUACUACAUCAUCUGGAGCCAGAUUGGGAAAUGUCCCAACGAAGAUUCAGACAACGAUUCCAGCAUUGAUGACAACACAACGAUCUGCAAAAUUCCAACGGCUGAUGAAGAAAACGACUUCACCAGUAACAUGGUGAUAUAUGCGGACUGUCACGCCUCCAACAAGGGCAUGUUCCUUGGUCUCAUACUGACGGUCGUCAUGGCUGGGAUGCUUAUACUUGGAUUCAUCUUCAGCACCAUUGACAACGAGUUCUUAGAGAGAGGUUAUCUUUUGAGCUCUUGCACUAAGCUGGCCCUCCAUUCUGUGCUGCUGGUAGCUACUGUGGUAGCUUUCAGUCAGACCAGAAAACUGGACAUCAACGAACAUCCCAUCUCCCUCUUGGAUGACAUACUUCUCUUCAUAUGUCUCCCGGCUUUCUUCAUGGAGACCGUGUUCUCGAUGGUGGCUACUUUGAGCAUCGUGAACAUCAUCAGAUCAAUAGACGUCAUGGUCAUGGUGGUUCAAGUUGUCAUCCAGACAGCGCUCCUGGUGGACGGUCUUCGUCGCUGCAGCAACAGUCGCAAGCUGCGCCGAAGGAAGCCAGCUCGGGAGAUGAUGAUGUUCCUCGUCAUAGCUAAUGUCGCGGUGUGGCUGUUCAACACAUUCUCCUACAAAUCACCUGACAGUUUAGACGAGAGAUACGAGUUCUACGGCAAGGUUUUGUGGAGCAUCCUGGGCCACAUCAGCCUCCCUCUCAUCAUGUUCUAUCGUUUUCACUCCAGUGUAUGUUUUGCGGACAUAUGGGACGCAGCUUACAAACCCGGCUCCGAGCACUGA